AACCCACAGAUUUGGGACCAAACAGCGAUGCUUGUUUCACCUGUUGCUUCCUCUACCAGAAUUGUUUUGAAAGAUAGAAGAUCCAGUCCACGUUGAGUGCCACCAACCCCCAAUAUUCUUUUACACGGGGUUAGAGAGAUGGCUCCCUAUAAAUAGGUAUACGCCCCUCUAUCCGACCAGCAAGGUGAGUUGUUUUGAUAGAGUGAAUUGAUUGUUAUUAGCCUCCAAAUAGAAAAUGGCUUCAUCCCUUGGCCAGUUUUUUCUCUCUUUGUCUGCAAUCCGAGAUUUCUUGAAGCAGACUAACUGGUAUCCCCUGGAAUUGGGAGCAAUUCUGUUUGUGACAUUGUUAGUGAUGGCUACAUUUGUGAGGAAACGCUCCAAGCUGCCUCCUGGCCCGCUGUCUUUGCCCAUAUUUGGCAAUUGGCUGCAAGUGGGGAAUGAUCUAAAUCACAGAAAUCUUGCGAAGAUGGCCAAGCAGUAUGGAGACGUUUUCAUGCUGAGAUUGGGUUGCAGAAAUUUGGUGGUGGUGUCGAAUCCUGAGCUUGCAAAACAAGUUCUUCAUACUCAGGGUGUCGAAUUCGGGUCCAGGAAGAACAACCUGGUGUUCGAUAUAUUCACGGGCAAUGGGCAAGACAUGGUUUUUACCGUCUAUGGUGAGCACUGGCGAAAGAUGAGAAGGAUUAUGACUCUUCCAUUCUUUACUCAAAAAGUUGUCCAACACUACAGAGGAGGAUGGGAGGAGGAGAUUCAGAAAGUCGUUGAAGACGUCCGUGCAAAUAAAGUAGCCUUACAGGGUGGUAUAGUUAUUAGGAAAAGGCUUCAACUCAUGCUUUAUAAUAUUUUGUACAGAAUGAUGUUUGAUCGCGGGUUCGAAUCUCAGGAGGACCCGCUAUUCCAUCAAGCCACUGCUUUUAAUGCAGAGAGAAGCCGACUGGCACAGAGUUUUGAGUACAAUUACGGGGACUUCAUCCCCAUAUUGAGGCCGUUUUUGAGAGGGUAUUUAAACAAGUGCAGAGACCUUCAGAGCAGGAGGCUUGCGUUUUUUAACGACUACUUCAUCCAAGAACGAAGGAAGAUUUUGGCGAAAGGGAAGGGCGAUGAGCAGGUGAAAAAGUGUGCCAUAGACCACAUACUGGAAGCAGAGAGCAAGGGUGAAAUCAACGAGCAAAACGUGCUCUACAUCGUGGAGAACAUAAACGUGGCCGCAAUAGAGACGACAUUGUGGUCGAUGGAGUGGGCUCUUGCUGAGCUGGUGAACCAUCCUCAAGUGCAGACCAAGGUGAGAAAUGAAUUGGAGAGAGUUGUUGGGAAAGGGACGGCGGUGAAAGAGGAGGACGUUGAGAAGCUGCCGUAUCUGCAGGCGGUGGUGAAAGAGACGCUGAGGCUGCAUACACCCAUUCCGCUGCUGGUUCCACACAUGAACUCUGAAGAAGCCUCCCUUGACGGCUUCCACAUUCCUCGGGAGAGCAAGGUGGUGGUGAACGCUUGGUGGCUGGGGAACAAUCCGGAGUGGUGGCAGAAACCAUCAGAGUUCAGGCCGGAGAGAUUCAUGGAAGAGGAGGAGGAGACUGAGGCGGCGGUGGGAGGGAAAGUGGACUUCCGUUUCCUGCCCUUCGGAAUGGGGAGAAGGAGCUGCCCGGGUAUCAUCCUGGCCCUGCCUCUGCUUGCCCUGGUAAUUGGGAGAUUAUUGAACAACUUCGAAAUGCUUCCGCCGCCAGGUGAGCAGAAGAUCGAUGUGAGUGAAAAGGGAGGGCAAUUCAGUCUCCACAUCGCCCGCCACUCCACCGUACGCUUCGAACCUCUGUGACCCUCUUUUUCUCUAUCAUCCAUUGUGAUCGUCCGUUACAUACCCUUUUUGCAUGCUAUACUCUACUUCUGCACACAGAUCACACAGAUCAGUCAUGGAUCACUUCUCUCUUCGGAUCUUGGAAAUAAUUGUGCACCUUAUGUAUUUUGCUUAGUAAAUGGACAAGAUUGUUUAGUAAUGAACAUAAUCGUGAUAUAAGAUUUAGAUGUUUGACUUGGUUA